AUGGCCGGCCUUCAGCACUUCAAGAUGGACUUGGACCCAUCGAUCGUCAAGCUGUCCAACAUGACCAACAACCGGUACAAGUACUUCCGGUGGACGCCACGGACAGCAUGGCUCUCGUUCUUUUACAUCGGACUGGUGCCGUCGCUUCUCGGUGUCGUCGCAUACAAGACAGAAGGCAAGUGGAAUAUGCGGGCGAAGCGGAGGGGCGACACGAUCUCCGAGUUUUAG